AUGUCGAAUCGGAGUGGGUAUGCCAACCCAGUUUUUACUGGGGCCGCUGGUGUUCACACAAGACCGGAGGACAAUGAGCUACCCUACUAUACACCAGAGACGACAACGGAUCGAUUCAUACGGCGAAUAAGUAGUUUGAAAAAGGGACCGAAGUCAAAUGAAACGAUCGAAGACUAUAAACAAGUAAAAUUAAGGCCGGUCAAUAAGGAAAGGGAGAGUGAAACUGGCUUCGGAUCGGAAGAAAUCCAAUUAAUCAGUAGAGUUGAGCGGACUCAACAGUAUACAGGCGAUAUCGAUGGAGAUGAUCCAAAAACUCCAAAAGCUCUCGAACAAGCAAAAGUGCCCAAGUUCUCCGGCUUGGGGGUCAUGAUCCUCUCGUUAUCGAUAUUUUCGACAUUAUUUUCUCUUCUGUUUUUCUUCAUAGCCGUCGCAAAACCUAGAUAUCAAGGUUAUAUUCAUGCGAACGGUCAUCUCUCCCCAACUACCGCAUCUCUCUUAUCUGCCAUCUUCGCAAAGGCGAUUGAAAUAUCGUUUGUCACAGUUUUUACAUCGUAUACUGGCCAAGUACUCAGUAAACGGGCGUUGGGAAAAGAUUCGAAAGGGAUUAGGAUAGCGGAUCUAUUGAUGAAAGGAUGGGUCUACCAGCCAGGAUCAUUACUUACGACAAUGCCAGGCCUAAAAUACGCUGGGAGGACACUAUUGGGGGUUGUUAUUUUGUUUGUAGUUCUAUGCGUGACAUUUUAUACGACUGCCGCCGAUUCUUUAGUUUCUCCAAAACUUCAUUUUAGUAAAUAUGGUGACGUGAAGUUAGAAGGAUAUGUCACCUUAACAUACGGCAAUUCAACAGCUUUAGCUUCACGAUGUCCCGCGAUUAUCAGUUCGUCCUUGGACGGUCCUAUGAAUGGCUCCGCACUUCCCGUAUCACAAACGACCUGCUACCGAGUCCAUAAUAGUUACCAACCACUUCGAGACUUUACAUUUUUCACAGACGCAUGGAACGGAUAUCGAGCCGACCAAUCCAUACCGAGAGACCAACUCAACCGAAGACCCGUAGGAUGGACAACGGUUGGAAAUGAAAGAUACUACGGAGCAUGGCUCGAGAUAUCCGGUUCCGACAAACUGAACAAUGUAACAUUAGCCAUGCCUCACGGCAGUAUUGUUCCAUCGGUUCGAAACGUUACCCUCAACAACCUCGUCCAACCAGAGAUGCAAAGUGAUUUUGGAAAUAUCGAUGCAACGGCUUCAGUUCUAAGUCCCGCUAUCAACGUCAUCUGCUACAAAUUAAACCAAACCGCAGUACAAUGGUUCAUAUCAAAUAACUCAUCAGACACCAGACAAGGACUCCUCGACCCAGAAGCCCAAAGAAUCUUCAACUUCGACCCAUCUUCCUCACAAUCCCUCUCUAUUCCCUCAGAAGGCCAAUAUCUCGCCCCAUCAUUCAUCUCCCUCCCACCACCCUUCAACGUCGCAAUCUUCGCUUCAGCAGGCUACACAGAUCCAUCAAUGUACAUGCUAACCGCCGCAAACGCCACAAUAUCCCCAUCCUACACCCUCUGCGCCAUCCGUUCCCUCCUAACCUCCCGCUGCUCCACAACCUACCUCUCCGCCUCCGGCGGUGGUAACGUAACCACAAACUGCUCCCCAGACAACCAAAACUCUCUAUCCCACUCCCUCCCUUCAACCAAUCAUGAAACCUACCAAUCCCAAUUCAAAGACAUCUCAACCGCCCUCGCCUACGCACUUUCAUUAAACGUCGCAGACGCCGCAUUAUCCCGAAUCCUCGGUAUCUUCGCCACAUCCACAGUUCCAGGAUUCAACCCUUCCCUCCCAUCCGUAGCAGAAGCAUUAGCAAUUCUAUACGCAAACGCCAUAGUCCUCUCCUCCGUAGGCGCUCAAUUCGGUGCCGACGAAAAAUCAAAUUCUUACGCGGGGGUGGAUCCGUAUCUGUACCAACUCCCCACGACGGAAUCUUUCAAUGCGAGGAUAAGAACGGUAGAGUACGCAUCGGGUGUAUCUGCGGGUUGGCAGGCUAGCUUUUAUGUCGUAUUGGCCGGUGUGAUGGUUAUGAAUGUGUUUUGUUUGGUAUAUUUUUUUGUAGCAAGGGGGCUUGUAUUUGAUAUUACGGAAAUCGAGAACUUGUUUUGUGUGGCGUUUAAUUCGAGGUCUGAUGGGACUGCUGUGGACUUUAGCAGUAGGAUGGCGAGGAGGAGAGACGGGUUUUAUGGGAAAGGUCCGAGGGGGAAGCAAUUUGGCCUUGCAUUUCAUGUUGACUGUGAGGAGGACGAGAGAUUUCAUUUGUAUAAAAGGGACUGA